UCACCAGUCCUAUAAGGAUGUUAUAGCCUGUACAGCAGGAGGGCAACGCUCAUAUCAGACUGGGACGCAGCUACACUGACGUGAUCCCAAGAGGAGUGAGCUGGUGUGAAAUUGCUGCAUUCUUCAGGACUUAAAGAACCAAGAUGUUUAAAAGAUCGAAAGUGACAGAUGGGAGUGGCGCUGGCCAAGUGGGGAUCAAGAAAAAAUCCAGCGUCCCCGGGGUGAUGAUUAUGCAGUUUAUUGAGACGCUACCUGAGGGGAAGAGCCAUCCAGACUUCACACGAAAGCCAAUUGCCUUGACCAUCCAGGAGGGAAAAUUUGCUUUCUUUAAAGCAAUUGUUACUGGUGAUCCACAGCCGGCAGUAACAUGGAACAGAAACAAUGGCGAUGUGUCCGAUACAUCCAGAUACCAGACCAAAUAUGAUCCGCACAGCAAUGAGCAUACAUUUGAGAUGCCUAAUGUUAAACCAGAUCAAGCAGAUACCUACAAAUGUUUUGCCUCAAAUGAGUAUGGACAAGCCACUGUCACAGUUGUUUUGAAUGUUAUUGAAGUUGGUUACAAGAAGGAGAAAGCCCAGCAGCAGCAAGUAACCACGGAAAAGGAUUUUCACUCUGUUCUGAAAAGGAAAAGUAAGGUCAAACCAAAAUCUGAGGAGCCUGCCAGGAAAGAAGGAGAGGUGGAUCCUAAAUUUUGGGAGCUUUUAAUCAGUGCCGAUAAAAAAGACUACGAGAGAAUAUGUACAGAGUUUGGCGUUACCAAUUUCCGUUGGAUGCUCAAGAAACUCAAUGAAGUGAAGAAAGAAAGGGAAGAAGAACAAGCAGCGUUUGUUAGAGAAAUUUCCAACCUCAAACACAUUCAGGUCAAUGCAGAUGGCACUGCAUCGUUUGAGAUUGACAUGGAUCUCAUUGAACAAAGCCGCUCCAUAUACUUAUACAAGGAUGGAGAAAUGAUUCCUUAUACCAAAGAGUUGGGAGAUAAGAUGAGACACAGCCUUAAACGAGUAGGCAGAAAGUAUAUAUUCAGUUUGAGGGACCUCUGUCCAGACGAUGCGGGGCUUUACCAGGUGGAUGUAGAUGAUGUCAAUGUAUUUUCCACUGACUUUAAAAUCCCCAUGGUAGAUUUCUUAGUGAAACUUCAGGAAGUGAAGGCCGUGGAGCGAGAAGAUGCUGUGUUUGAGUGCGUUUUAUCAAACCCAUUUUCAAAGAUUUUGUGGUUUGGCAAGAAUACGCCACUGGAACAAUCGGAGAAAUAUGACAUCGAAGUGUCGGAAGACAAGCUCAUUCACCGUCUGGUGGUCAAAGACUGCAUGGUUGUAGACAAAGGAAUUUACUCUGCCUGUGCAGGGAUCAAAUCUUGCAAUGCAUGGCUUAUUGUUGAAGCUGAUAAAGAUGCACAAAAGGGCAAAAAGUCAGCACGGAAAACAACAAGAGCAGGAGGAUCUGGGAUGGAUUUGAAUAAAAUUGCCCAAGAGCAGCAAGCUAAAUUAGAAAAGGUGAGAGAGGAACGAGAACAGAAUAAAGCAGCUCAAGAGGUUGCAGCAGCUGCACCUCCGACUGAUUCCCCUCCAGCACCUGCACACAGCACGACUCCAGGAAAGACUGAACCCAAAGCAACGGAAACCUCUGAACCAAGAAAGGUGAACAAACCUGCCGCAGUGGCUUCGGACCUGCCGGUUGUGGAGGUGGCCAACGGUGGCCAGUCAACUGGGAAUGAGGGAGGUGAUGAAAGGCUUCAGCCACCUGCAGGCGCUACAGUGGGCUCUGAACAUAGUAUUGAGAAAGGACUAUCUGAUAUUUACGUCGUUCAUGGAAAGCCAGCAGAGUUGGAAGUGAAGAUGAAUAAGGACUCUGAUGGAACCUGGUUCAAAGAUGGUGAUCAGUUAAACUCAGGUGCUGGGAUCAAAAUAAGCAAAGAUGGAACUUCUCACAAACUGGAAAUUCAAAGCUGCAGAGAUGAACACUCUGGACUGUACAAAUUUACCUCAGAGGAACUGAGUACACAAGGAAAAAUGAAAGUUGGAGACGUACCUCAACUCAGCGAAGAUGACCUUCACGCAUUCUCAAGGCCUGUGAUAGUCAGGGUGGGCCAGAACGCUGCUUUCAAGCUUCCCUUUCCACCUCAAGACUCUCUGACGAUCAGCUGGUUUAAGGAUGGGAUGGAGCUCAAUGAUGGGGGAGGAGUUAAGAUUGUGAGGGAGCCCAAUCACAGCCGGCUGCUGCUCAGGGAUUGCCUGCGGACAGACGCAGGGGAAAUAAAGAUAACACUUAAAAACCCCUUUGGUGCUGUGGAGGCUUCAUCUCGGCUUAUUGUUCUUGAUCGACCAGGUCCACCAGAGGGUCCAGUGGAAACUGUUGAAACCACCUCCUCAGUCAUUGAGAUUAAAUGGAACCCUCCCAAAGACGACGGUGGCUCUGCCGUAACCAGCUACAUUAUAGAACGGCAGCAAGCGGGACAGGGUCCGUGGUCCAGGGUUGGGGAUAUCUCAGCAGACAAGACCUCCUUCAGAGACAGAAAUGUGACUCAUGGAAAGAAAUACAAGUAUCGCGUCUAUGCAGAAAACCCCGAGGGCAUCAGCGACUCCCUGGAAACAGCCGACGACAUUAUGGCUGGUAUAUUGAUCCUAUCUGGACCACCUGGAGCACCUAAAAUUGUGAGUACCUCAAAAACCUGUAUCAAUUUGACCUGGACUCCUCCGGUCGAUGACAGAGGUGAGCCAAUCAUUGGUUACCAAGUUGAGAAACGAAAGAAGGACACAAAUCAGUGGACUGCCCUGAAUGAAAUAAAUGAACCCAUUAAAGAUGUGAAAUACAUAACUAAAGAUGUUAUUGAGGGAGCAGAGUAUGAGUUCAGAGUUUCAGCAAUCAAUAAAUCUGGAUCAGGAGAUCCAAGUCCCCCAUCUGCAAUGGUGUGUGCAAAGAAUCCCAACAUGAGGCCUCGUUUCAAGGACCCAGAGGACUUCAUUGUUGUCAGAGCAGGAAAUUCUGCUCGUGUAAACAUUUGCUUUGAGGCUGAACCUCCACCUCAGAUCACUUGGCUGAAGGAUGACAAGCCAAUAUCCCCAUGGAUUAAUGUGAUCAAUACAGAGGGAAUGUCUCAGCUUGUUCUUACUUCUUCAAAGCGCUCAGAUUCAGCAAUAUACACCAUUAAAGCCAAAAACUCUGUGGGAGAAGCCUCAUUUGAUGUGGAGGUUAGAGUCACAGAUGAACCCAAGUCGCCAGGUCCAGUGGAGCUUGUGCAAACAGUCCAUGAUAAGUUGGUGAUAUCAUGGGGUCCCUCUCCAGACGAAGAGCUCGAUGACCGCUUAUACUAUGUGCUUUCUCAAAACGAUUCAAACAUGCGAGUCUGGAGGACCGUGGCAGAUCGUCUCUUCACUAACACGUACACGGUCACCAACAUCCUUCCUGGGAUACAGUAUCAUUUCUGUAUCUAUGCCAAGAAUGACGUGGGUCAAUCAGAGCCAUCUCAAUCACCUCCAUGGGGCUUCAACAGCUGCAAAGGUUCAAUAGCUCAGUUUGACCGUACUUCAAAGGGAAUUAGCUUGGAGAAGCCUCCGUCCAUCUUGGUCCCUUUGAAAGUCCACACACAACCUAAAGGUUACCAGGUCUACAUGACAUGUGCUGUCCGAGGAUGUCCCGCCCCUACUGUGUCCUGGUACCUGAACGACGUCUGCAUCAACUCAGACAAUAACUACUACAUCACAAACUCUGGCGGCAUCUGCUCUAUAUAUAUUCUCAGAGUCCGAGCAGAGGACAGCGGUGCAUACAAGGUUGUUGCCGUGAAUGCUUUUGGCAAAGCAGAAUGUUCCACUAAACUUACUGUCAGAGAUUAAAAUGCAAGAAAGCUUUGAUCAAGCGUCCCCUUGGGGUAUGGAGUACAGAAGAGGAAUGUGCUACAUAACACUCAAGUGAUAUCACAGAGAAUAUUUUGUGCUAAUGAAAAGGUCUAAACCGUGUGCGUUAUGUAUUUGAAAUUAACCUGAUUUGAAACUGUUUCCUGCCAUCAGAAACUGCACAGGCUGUGCAAAAUCACAAACGAUGUCAUUUUCUCUUCCAACAACUUCAAUAAAUCAACAAAAUGUC